GAGAAGGAAGUAGAUCUAGAAAUCUAAUCGGUAUAUUCAGACUUUUUAGAAAGCUAAAAAUGUACAAUUGAUCUUCUAAGGUGGACUGGCCAAGCCUUUCGGAAAUUAUUUAUGGCUUCUCAUUUGUAUUUCUGAAGAGUUUUUCUUGCUCAUUGUUUCAUUCAUCUCAUUUUAUUUAGCUUGAUGAUUAGAUUUUAAAAGAAUGGCGGCAUUGAUCCGCUUUUUCAGUAGGCGUCGAACUCGCCGACCUCAACAGGAGACUUAUGAUGGUUUGGGACAAAAACCCGUACCAAAGAAGAAAAAUGCCUUAGUCUGUACUAUUAUGCUUUUAGAUGAGACAGAUAUUACUGUGGACAUUAAUAAAAAAGCUACUGGUGGUACACUGAUUGAGCAAGUAUUUUAUCAUUUAGAUGUCAUAGAAAAAGACUAUUUUGGAUUGCAGUAUACUGAUCAUUACAAUGUUAAUCAUUGGCUAGAUCCAACAAAGCAAGUCAGGAAACAAGUGAAAAUUGGUCCACCUUACACUUUUCGGUUUCGAGUUAAAUUUUAUUCUUCAGAGCCAAAUAAUCUUCAUGAGGAGCUGACAAGGUAUCAGUUUUUCUUACAGUUAAAACAGGAUAUAUAUUCUGGGAGGUUACCCUGUCCCUAUGAAACAUUGGUGGAACUGUGUGCAUUGGCCCUUCAAUCUGAACUUGGUGACUAUGACCCAGAUGUUCACUCCGCUGGAACUGUGUCAGAGUUCAGAUUUGUGCCAAAUCAGUCGGAAGAGAUGGAGAUAGAUAUAUUCGAAAAAUACAAAGACUGCAGUGGUCAGACACCUGCCCAAGCUGAACUGAACUACUUGCACAAAGCCAAAUGGUUGGAACUUUAUGGUGUUGAUAUGCACACUGUAAUGGGCAAGGACAAUAACUCUUACAGCCUAGGCCUAACACCUACUGGAAUAUUAGUAUUUGAAGGAACCACUAAAAUUGGCUUGUUCUUCUGGCCUAAAAUGACCAAGCUAAAUUUUAAGCAUAAAAAGUUGAUGUUGGUAGCUGUGGAGGAUGAUGAAAAUGGACAAAGUCAAGAUCAUUCCUUUCAGUUCCAAUGCACCACGGAAAAGGCCUGUAAACAUUUAUGGAAAUGUGCCGUAGAGCAUCAUGCAUUUUUCCGCCUGAAAGGUCCAGUCAAAGGUCCAACAGGCAGGCAGAAUUUCUUCAGAAUGGGAUCAAGGUUUAGGUACAGUGGCCGGACAGAGUACCAGACAGCUACAUUGAACAGGACAAGGAGGAGUGUUAAGUUUGAGAGAAAACCUAGUCACAGAUAUUCCAGGAGACCAACAUUUGAACGCAAAGAGAGAGAGGAGAAACUGAAGAGAGAGGCAGAGAUGAAAAAGAGAAUGGAAGAAGACAGGGAAAGGAGGGCAGCUAUUGCAGCCAACAAACCUUCUGUGGAAACAACUUUUGAUUCUCUCCCUGAUAGUGCCAGGGCCUCUAUGAACAGCAACUCUACAACAGCUACUGCACGUUCUAGUGUUCGGGUUCCAGACAGCCCACCUCCACGUCCACCCAAACCUGGCACCAGGAAGGCAGCCAAGUCUUCCUCAGCUUCUUCAGAGGUACCGGAGAGUAUAGUGCCAUCAGCAUCUGCAAUUGAAAGGCUAGAUAAUCUCAUCAAGUCCUCAGCACUAGAAAAAGGGUCUGGAGAACCAUCAGGUUCUAAGUCACCUACUACAGAAUGCAACAUAAACUUGAAAGAAGAGAGUGAGAAAGCCAUUGCAAAGAUGAAGAACCUGGAUGAAAGUGUGCCAGUCCCAGUCAAGAGAAAAGAUGUCAACACGUUCCAGAAUAACCAGCUGAAAUUUACAGGUGGUGCCUCCACUAUCCCCCCAGAGAAUAUGAAAUGUAAUAUCCUCAAAGCCAAAAUGGAAGAAGAACAUCAUAAAGAUGAUGAUGAUGAUAGGUCACCAGAACUCAGUGAGAGUAGUAGUGAAGAGGAGGUGGAACCUGGGAGAGUGGAGAAGAAUCUGCGCCAUGAUCUCUCAGUGACACUGGAAAGUUGUGGGGAUGAGGAGCAAAAGUUAAUUAACAACAGCUUUGCUGCUGAAGCUCCCAGACCACGUAAAGAGCGACAGUCUUCAAAGACAUCUAAUCAUUCUUUAAAUAACGGGUAUGAAUCUAAGUCAAGUCUCGUAGAAAACAUUGCUGACAGAGGUGUAAAAGGUUCAACUAGCCGAGUCAUUCCUGAAAAUGGAAGCAUAGACAGAAAGUCUCGUAAUGCUGAGAAUGAAACUGGGAGCAUAGACAGAAAAGCUCGUUAUGCCAUUAAUGACAGUGGCAGCUCUGAGAAAAAGAGCAAGUCCACAAAUAUCGAUGAACCAUACAUACCAGAGAAGAGACAAUCUUCAAGGAAAUCUCCUGCUCCUCAGCCAGACUUUAGCAGUAUGGACAGGAGAGCUCCACGGCAACCUGUAGCCAGUCACAAUAAAAGCUUUGAUGCUAGUGAAAUAGCAAGACAACGGAAUUUUAGUCAGACCAGCGAUGUGUUUUUGCCUUCUGUGCCUAGCAAGGAGAUCACAACCACUCCUGGGGCCACACUUGCUCCAUCACCAGCUCCAUCCCCACCAAGAUCUCGUAAAUCUAAAGCGCCUUCACCUGUUCCAGACACUGCUUUACCUGUCAAGGAAAGUGCACCGGUAAAAUCUGAAACACCCCAACCUGAACUGGGAGCCAAUGCCCAGAAAUCAGACACCAAAGCAGAUAAUUCAGAAAUCAUUGCAAAAGCAUCUGAGGGGAAAUCUGGCUCAUUAAAAAAGCCUCUAAAUCCGUUUCUCCCGGAACGUCCUGCCAAUCCUCCUCCUCUCAGCUCUGCCAAGUCAAGUUCACUCAGAAUGAAGGCAGAGGCUGUCAAGCAGAAGCAGGCAGGCAAAGAAACUGAUAUUGGGAAGGAGAAAGAAACUGAAAAUGAAACUAAACCACAAAAGAAAUCUCUGAAUCCAUUUCUCUCAGAUGAUGAGGAAGAAGAAGAAGAGGAGGCUCCGCCAGUUCCAUUCAGGAGAGACAAUGCCAAAUUGCAAAACCUGGAAAAUGAAUCUGACAGGAAGAGUGUUCCCCCUGUCCCAGCUCCAAGAGUUUUAUCUUCUGCUGGUGCCACAACUACCUCUUCUUCAACAUUGAAACCUGGCUCCACGGAGGGGCACCCAGAGCCACCCUACAAGACCACAAGCCUUAAAAAGACUCGCCCACCUCCCCCUCCUCCAUCCCCUACCCCUACUAGGGAAGGCUCUCCAGAAAGAGGCUCAGCUAAAGCAGAGAAACCUGUUUCAAAAGUUGCCAUUGUAGAAACUUCCUUCACCAGGACAGAGCCAGUCACUAGGAAAACGUCCUCAACCGCCAAAACACAGGUCAUCUCUAUCGACAGGUCCAGAGGUGACAGUACUGCUUCACUCCACCAUAACUCUCACACCUGGUCGGACAAAAAGGUGGAGAGGAAGGUCACUUUAAUGACAGAGCUGUAAAAACAAACACAGUGUUGACCUGAACCCAGCUUCUGGAGGUUGAGCCAUUUACUCCCCUGCCCCUUGAAGAGGCACACGAAGAGCCAAUGUUUGCCUAGUGUUCAAAUUGUUCUAAUUUUCAGCCUUGACUGAAGACAUUGGUUCUGAGUUAUCACAUUAGAAAUACAAGACAGAGAAGUUUAAAAAAAAAAAUACAAUGUGGUUUUAUAAAUUUGUUGAUCAUACUGUAUAUUUUUUAAAUCAUCUUUUUUUAAAAAGGGUUGUGAGACUAUAGGAAUAUAUCCUUUAAAUGAUGCUUUAAUCAAAUCAAGUCUUGUUUUUACUAAAAGGUUGUCUUAUUAAGCUUCGGCUGAUUUUUUUUUUAUAUUAGCUUGAAAUUAAAUCAUUGCCAAGAAAUAUUGUCUAAAUAAGGCUGAUUUGCUGUUCUAUCUUUUAUAACUUACUUUCUAAAUUGUAAGGCUGUCAUUCAAUCACUGGUUGUGCUUUUAAUUUGGCUAUUCAAAUAAAAGAAGUGCUUUUUUAAAGUACAUUUGGCUUUUGUCCUCUUUGUAAAUGAUGAAGCAAACUAUGCAAUGAAGCAGUUAGUGUGAGGCAAUGAGAUUUCACUCUAUUAGACUUUCUCUAGGGACUGCUGCUUAUUAAUCAGGGUUGUCAAAUAAAUCAAGAGUUGUCUUUCUUGUUGUCAUGACUUGAAAGCAAUUGUUAAAGACAUAUCAUUAUUUCAAGAGAGAACAGAAACAUUUCAUUUUCAAUGGAAGUUUUUCUAGAUUUCAUUCUAAGGAAAAUUCCUCUUGAGUAUAUGUGUGUACACAUUCUCAUUUAGACUGAGCAUUAAUUUAUUGUCUUUUGUAUACAUUUAGAAGCAUGGAUUUAUGUGGAUUCAUCAUUCCUGUAGAUGAGAAACAUGUAUAUUAAAUAAAUAAAUUCACCCUUUUUUUUAAAAAAAGACAUUUGCAGAAGGUUCAUGCUGGUUCUGGUUGUGUUCUUGUGUGUUCUCUACUUUAUUUCAUUUUUUUGUUAUUUCUAUUUAUUUGAAUCUGUUAGUGUAAGUAGCAUAUUGAUGUUUAAACAAUACCAGAUCUUUAAUUGUUAACCUAAUGUUGUCACAUAUUGUAAGAUUUAUUGUGAUUCAUUUGUUCUACAAAAUAAUGAGACUCUUCAUUUAAAAAAAAAAAAUGAGGUGUUGAAUUUUAAAUACCAUUUUUUUAUACUUUGUACAAUUUUAAGUGUAGCCGGUUUAGGAUGAGGUAAAUUGAUGUAGGAUUUUGGGUUGUGAUAUGAAAAAUAUAACUCUAAGCUACACAGGUUGUUAUAGUGACCACUGUUCAUGUUUUUUUUUUGUUUUUGUUUGUUUACAAGCCAGUAGGAGAAUUGAACUUUCUAAGUAUCAACUGACAUUAUGUAAAUAGAAGUCAUCAUUACUACUGAUUCAGUUUUUAUUGCAUUUAUAUUUUAUACAAUGGUCUUUUGAUUAAUUUUUUUUAAAGUAAAUGAUUUUGUUUGUCAUUAAGCCAGAGUAAAUGAUUAAAAGUAAUUCCAAAGUAAUUUAUUUGCAAUUCUCUCUCACCAUGGUUACCUUCACUUGUCAUAAACAAUGAUUCUGAUAAUGAUGAAAAUAAUGAGAUUAUGUUCCUUUUAUGUCCUAAGAGCUGACUGCGCCAUGUCUGUUUUGUACAAUCCACUGGCUCUUCAGUUUGAAAAUAUUCUUUCUUUUUAUAAUUGAAGAGCUUUUUAUUUUUAAAUUUAGAAGUAAUUAGAAAGUCCACUUUCAAGAAAAAUGUGACAUUUUUAAUUUUUAAAAAAAUCUUGAUUGAAUUCAGCUGUUCUUUCCUCAGAAUUUAUUGAAACUAUAACCUCUGUAUAAGACAGAUGCUAAUAUGAAAUUACAACUCUUAAAGAAAAGACUCACAUUUCUCCAUAUGAUCAUUUUAUUGAAAAUGUUGAAAGUUGACCAUGCAUGCAAUGUUUGAAUUUUAUUCUGUGCCUCAUUUGUAAACAUUUGUCAUCUUUAAAUUCUAUUUAUAGUUUUAUUAGUUUAAGAAGCAACACUUGUAAAAGGUAUAUUGAACUAAAUUUAUUUUAUGACUGUAGUUUAAUUGUUUAUAAAAAAAACUUUAUUCUCAAGUGCAAUUAAAUGCUUUUUUAAAAACUCUUUUUUCUCAAUAAUAACUUAUUUCUUUUCUUAGGCAACAUUAACAUUUUGUUCAAUUUCAAUUUUUUUUUCUGAUUGUUUUUUAUUUAAUAAAGAACAUUCCAUCGUCUCAAACUCUUGGCGGCCUUAACAUUGUUAUUGCUUGGUAAUGUAUGUGUGUAAGUCACUUUCUUCUUUUGGCCAAGUUUUACACAUGUGACAUUUUGAACUUCUUAAAUAUUCACUGAACUAUGUAUUUGAAAAACAUGAUCCAUCCACAAAGCUACUUUAAAUAUUAACAGAUUAACUUUUGAACCCUAUCCCGAAAAUCUGUUUUCUGAAACCUAGCUGAAAAUAUAUUUUCAAUGUACAUUUCAAUAUUUUCAAAUAAGAAGGUAUGAAAUUUUCCUACCAUUUGCAAUAGUUUUCAAAUAGUCACUUGAUGCAUUUUAAAUUGACCUGUUAUUUCUAUACUGACACAGUAGAUCUAAGAAAGUCUGUAGUUCGGGAGAGUAUGUCUUUUGAAAGACUCCUACAAAAGGGUUCAAAUGUUCAGUACAGUCUGUGUGAGAAGUCUGCUCUAAUCAAGUCUAACAGCCUAGCUCUAGCUUUAUAUCAUGUAGUUCUUAUGUAUGAUAUACCAUUACUUUUAUAAAUAUAUUGAAAAGAGAGAGAGCUAUUUAUUCAAGAAACUAAACACAACCUAACUGUUCACCACAUGCAGUGGUGGUUAUUGGUGUGUCCUUUCCUACACUCUGGAGAAUGCAACAACGUUUUGAGUCUUUCAUCAUUUAUACAUCUUGUUUCAGUUUGUAUCAUGUAUACAUCUUGUUUCAGUUUGUAUCAUGUAUACAUCUUGUUUCAGUUUGUAUCAUGUAUACAUCUUGUUUCAGUUUGUAUCAUGUAUACAUCUUGUUUCAGUUUGUAUCAUGUAUACAUCUUGUUUCAGUUUGUAUCAUGUAUACAUCUUGUUUCAGUUUGUAUCAUGUAUACAUCUUGUGUCAGUUUGUAUCAUGUAUACAUCUUGUUUCAGUUUGUAUCAUGUAUACAUCUUGUUUCAGUUUGUAUCAUGUAUACAUCUUGUUUUAGUUUGUAUCAUGUAUACAUCUUGUUUCAGUUUGUAUCAUGUAUACAUCUUGUGUUAGUUUGUAUCAUGUAUACAUCUUGUUUCAGUUUGUAUCAUGUAUACAUCUUGUUUCAGUUUGUAUCAUGUAUACAUCUUGUUUUAGUUUGUAUCAUGUAUACAUCUUGUUUCAGUUUGUAAUUGUUUUGUUUUUUUCUUUCAACUUGUGUAUCCUUAUGUUCCCAACACCCUCACCACUAAGUCUAGAUUGUAAAGCACUGAAUAAAAGCAACUCACAUUCUGUGGUUGAAGGAGCAAAACUUGGUGGUAGCAACACUCUUUUGUGCAGAAAAGUUUUUAUAAUCAGCACAGCUAGAUCACUUCCUUGGAAGCUCUGUAGUAUAUUAUUGAACAAACACCAAGAUACUUUGAGCACUUUGUUUCUAUCAUGUAACUCUUUACUGUUUCUUCUUUUUGUUUUAAAACCAAAUGGCCUUGAGGAUGAGGGUAUAAUUAAAACUAUUUAUCUAUUUAUUAUUUUUUUUUAUUUACAAUUCUCAAAACUGUAAUCACUAAUUGAUAAUCUGCAGGCCAUCAUUAUUUUGAAUUUUGCAAUUUCAUUUAUACAUAAUUAAUAUCAUAUUCCAACUAAUUAAUUAUCACACAUAUAAUUGAAUCAUUAAUAUCUUUCGAGGUUUUGAUUAUUACAGGUUUACUUUUGACUGCAAAUAUAAUUUUUGUGAUUUGAUUCAUUAUUAAUGGUAUUAGUAUUGUAGUCAACUGGUCAAUGUUCGGCCUCCAUUGUUGGACAUGUCAUUAAUACACUAGCUAGGCACCUUUCUCAGUCUCCUUCACAUGCCAGCUCAAACAGUUCAAAGCUUUAGAAACAAUCGAUUAGUUCUGAGACCUUGUAAAAAGAAAAGAAACUGUAUACGUUUACAUUCUAGGGCAUAUGUCUACUUUCAAUAUUCCCCUAUUACACUAGUUUCAUUCUAUGAUGUCCUUAGCUUCAUUACCACAUCAAAUACUGACAAAUAUUAGCAACUGAAAAUAUCUAACAAUUAUGUAAUUUUGCAUGAAAAGUAUUUACUACAAUGUGUACUAAAUAUUUAAUGCCAAUGUUUUUAUGUUUGUUUUUAAGUCCUUCACCUUCUUUGUAAGUCUUUAGUUUGUAUCAGUUUUGGGUGUUGUAAAAAGUGGCAAAUUAUAUCAGUCCUAUCCCCCUAACUUUCAUAUUUAUUAGGAAGUAAUACAUGAAUUUCUAAAAAAUCUAAAUCAAAUGCAUGUCACUAAUUAAGUUUUUAAAACACAUCUGACUAAUGUCAACACUUUGUGUAGAUUUAAAUAACAUUAGAUGACAUGACAUACAUUUUUCUAUCAUUAAGUAGGGUAGUCAUUUUUAGCAGUCUGAUGUUUUAUUGAAUGGGUUAAAUUUUUUGUUAGCCUUGAUCUAUGGAAGUAUUUGUUCACAUUUCGGACUGUCCACUUUUCAAAGUUUGACUCCACAGACAGCAGCUUCUACUUCCCAUGACACUAUGUAGACAACAGUUGUUGUUGUGGGGCCACCAAGUUGUGUGUCUAAGUUAAGGAGCUACAAAAAAGUCCUCCUGUGUUUAAUUCAGGAAGGGGUUAAUAUGCAGUAUGAUAGGGAGGUAGUGACUGAAAAUCCAAAUUAAACUUAUUUUAAUUUGUUGUAACUAACAUUUUUGUAUUUUGUUUGUGUGAGUAGAAAUGCGUAGUUAGAUAUAGAUAUCUAUAUAGAGCUGUGAAGAUAUUUGUUUGAGUAUCAGAGAUUAUUUUGAUUAAGCUCUUUAGAUAUUUCUAAAGAAUUGUAUUGAGCCAUAAAGAUGUCAAGAGUUCUAGAGAUAUUUUGUUUAGUUAUCUAAAUAGAGAUGCAUGUUUAUCUCUUUAGAUGCCUGCAGAAUGUUUAGAAUUUCUUUUUUUAUAUGAUGACUUUAGAUGUAAAUGAACAAACUAUCUUGACUUGAUUCCUGGAAUACAAACUAUCUUGACUUAAUUUCUGAUACCUGGAAUAUUUUUAAAAGUCUAAACAAAAAAAAAGUAAAAAACACCAUUGCUUUCUAGUUUACUUUCCUUAUUGCUGAAAUUUCAUGUAAUAAAAAAUCUGUGGUUGAAAAUUGUUUUAAAAAAUGUGUUGUUUUCCAUUGUCUUAUUCUCUAUGUUCCUGUUAUCAGCUAGUAAAGUCUAUUCUGGUUUCUCUAUUUUCUUGUACCAUAAUAUUUUCAGUCCAAAUCCUCUACUCACCUGUUUGUUCACUCUUUUAAGUUCUGAUACUUCUGCUCAUUAUAAAUUGUAUAAAAUAUAUUUUGCUAGUUCUACUUUUAUAUCUGGCAGACUGACCAGAUAAGUCUUGCAUCUGAUGCUCUGCUAUUUUUUUUAGAUUACUUUUAAUACUAUCAGCAAAGAGAAUAAAGCUGUUUUUGUUUGUUUGUUUUUUUUGUACAUUUUAGGGUUACAUUUUACUUUUAUGCUGGAAAUGAGAUUUCAUUUUUACAUUUAAAUUUGAAUAUUGUUAUUAACUACAGAAAGUUUCUCUUUUUUUCUUUUAUAAUGUUUUGUUUAAAAUAGUCUAGAAAUGAUUAUAAAAAUGUUGACCAAAAAAUGGAUGCUAUUAAUCUUGAUGCUAAUGUAUAGUUGAACUUCGAAAAAAAAAUACUUUUUUGAAUAUAGACUGGUCAUGAUGCAAAGCUUGUAUCAGUUAAAACUUAAUAAAAUAUGAAAUGUCUA